GGAUUCAGGACGUAACCUACCCUCGAUCUACCUCGUUCAUAACAAACCGAACAACCCGAAAGCAUUUCAGCUUUCGACCGGUUCCAUCCAGUACAUCGACAUUACCCCUGUCUUUGUCUUAUAACGCAUCCUCCCGCAAUGUCCAACUCGGAAUCCACCCCUGGCUCUGAGCGAAGAAACCUCUUGUUCAACCUGGUCAUGUUCACCAUUACCGGACUCGUGCUGGUGGUCUAUACGUGCACUUUCAUCUCGCACAUCUUGGCCGGAUUAGCGAGCAGCCUGACGGACGAGUUACUUUUGCUCGCUAUGAUCUGUUGCGCGGGCUUCUAUGGGAUCGCUCUGAAUCAAUCGUACCAGACGUACGUGCGUACCAACGGAUCAUCGUUCUCUAUCGGACCUUUUACUAUCCUAUCGACCUCGAUCCUCCCCUCUUCCGCGACCUUUGUCGCCCCUCCGACGCCCAUGACCACCUCCCAAGAGUCAUCCCAAGCGACUUUCGAGCGAUUCUCGCCGAAGAUGGAUACCCCUGGCAUGAUGUACGACGUGACGCCGCGUCAGAGCUUUGAUGCUACCGUCUGCCCGCCCACACCCGACAGCGUCGCGUCCAACCAGACCCCUAUGCUUGUCACCCCGCAUAUGGAUGCGCUUUACUACAAGUCGGCCGAGCAGGAGACUCCAUCGCGGAUGUCUGCCAAGAUCAACCGAUACCGACUCGGUGGCCUCAAUGGCGGGCGGGGCAAGCCAGGGUUCGAGGACGUCGAGAAGGGCCCUGAGAUGUACGGGCUCGGUAUGGGAGACAUUGGCAGCGACGAACCUCAGGGCGUCAGGCCGUAAAGUGAGGAAAGCAUCAAUCAGGAGCUCAUACGCGAGCCAUUCCCCUUUCCCACCUCUCCUCCCGUAACCCCCGGAACCCUGCCUUGCCUUCAAUAC